AACUGGUAGUAUUCCAUGGUAGGAUGUUAGGUUGGUAGGCUAUGGUAGGCCUAGGUAUUAUGUUAAACUUAUACGGUAUUUUAGACUUAGCUAGGCUACUUCAAUGCGCUCUACGGCUUCACCGCCCGAAGGACAGGCGAACUGCGCGGUCCAAACGCUAUCUGAAUCUCUAAAAUGUCGACUGGGUAUAGAAGCAUAUCCAGUCAGAGGCAAUCAACUUGAAUGGAAUGCAAUUAUCACAGGACCAAAAGACACGAUCUGGGAAGGUGGCGUAUUGAGUCUAUCAUUGUAUUUCCAUGAGCAGCCCAACCAGCAACCAUAUGUCGUUUUCUGCACUGUUCCUUUUCACCCUAAUGUGGACAGAGACACAGGAGAGGUGUGUGUCAACUUCCCUCUGGCUGGAAAGGAAUGGGAUCCCAAUACUGUGUUCAGCAUCUUACUGCAUACACAGUUUGUGCUUGCCCACCCUAUUUUGGACAACCCUGUAAAUGUGGAAGCUGCUGAGAUGUUAAUGAAUAAACCGCACAUCUACAGGAAAGUGGUUGAGCAGUGUGUCAAAACCAGUCAAAAGCUGAAACAGACAUGCCUUGUGACUGAGGGAGACACCAGUCAACAUUUGCACCGUGACAGGAUUGUCAAGAGGAUCCCUUUUGAGGAGUAUCUACAGGCAUGGACAAAACUAGCUACUAGCAAAGCAAGAACUCUGAUGACAAAUGAAUCACUGGGGCAACAAGUCAGUACUGCCCAAGUUCUUUUUGAGAACUCUGGAUCACGAUCCCUUGCGUCAAUACCUUUAACUGAAGCAUGUUCUGACAGCAUCAACGACAUGAUGUACGGAAUAGUAAAAGCAAAGCCACCAAGGACAGAGAAACGACGGCACAGACUUAAGCAGAUUCAACACAUGAUGAAGUUAUACAAGCUUUAUAGCAAAGCAGACCUCUGGAGGGACGGCCUGUCUGCACCCCCUACCAGUGCUCAACAUCCGGCCGCAGACAUGGAGUCAGAGGUGGAUAUGCUGGUGGCAUGGACACACUCCUUAUCAUUGGAGCAUCUAGAUGACUACUAAUCCUGCAGCAGACACAGAAUACUGGCAUGCCAUCACAUGGUUGCAUUCAUAUCAUGGUGGAGGAAUUUGAUAAGGGAGAGCAACUAGGCACUGCCUGAAAUUUUAACAGGCAUCAAUUUCUAUAAAUAAACACCCCCUUCCAAGCAAUUAAAACAUUA